AAACUUUCGCGUUUUCUGUGUAUCUCCAAUUUCAUUUGAGUAGUCAUAUGUGAGCUACUUAAAUGGGAAGCUAGGAUUCGCUACCGGCAACAAUAUACACGUUAUCAUAACGCCACCACCUGACAUUAGCUCCCUCUGCUCCAAGAUCCAGCCUGGUGAUUGAUUGUACCACGCACACACACCCGUGGCACGCCAGACCUGUAAAGUUCGGUCAACCGCCCGCGUUUUCGCCGCCGCAUUUGUUGCGUCUCGCGAAGUAUUGGCGAGACUAGGAUUGAGUAAUUUUUACGAGGGCCUACCGCGAGCUCUCGUCUGUUUGGCGUCGCCGGUACUACAUGUUUUACCUCUACACCAGGACGAGAGCUAUGCUCAGGCUCGUGGUGCUCUUCGCCGUGUUGGGGCACGUCUCACUGGUCGACAGGUCGAACUUCAAGUCGUGCAACGACAGCGGUUUCUGCAAACGUAACCGUAACACGAAGCCCGGUGAGUCCCCAUACAAUGUCCAGUUGUCCACCGUCAAGUCCACGUCACCAAGUCGAGUGGAGGCAGAAGUCAUCAAUUCGAAGAAUGGAGUAGUGCUGCGACUGGAGCUGAUUGCACUCGAAGAAGGCGUCCUCCGUAUGCGGCUCAAUGAAAAAGAAUCGGCUGUGGCACGUUUUGAGCCGAAGGAGGCACUUCUCGAGAGCAUUCAGGAGUCUGAUCUCCAUCUCGAGAGCAAAGACGACAGCUCCUUCACGGUGACUUUCGGGAAGCAUCGUGCGGUGGUGCGCGCCACUCCGUUGGUGGUUGAGGUCUACUCCAACGGUCAGCUCGUCCUGGUGGCCAACGCUCGAGGACUCCUGCGCUUCGAACACUACCGGCCACGGGGAGCCUCCAAUGAUGCUGGAGAAGCUGCUGGAGACAGCCAAAAUGAGGAAUCUGAGCCUGUAAGUUCAGCCCUUGCCUUGCUUCACAGUGUGCUGCACAGAAUUUUGAGCUUGCCACAGCAGAUUAAAAAUCGCCUUGGCUACAUGGAUGAUGAAGAAUAUGUUGAUGAUGAUGACGAAGAUGAACAAUCGGCCAUUCCUCGCAUACCAGGGCCUAGAGACGAUUCGCCGGACGAUUUGCUUGACAGCCUGCCAGUUUCAGAUACUGUGCACUCUGAUAAAAAACAAAAACAGCCUGAUGAACAUGCUAAAGAGCCUUUUCGUGAGCAUGCUGAUAAGAAUGCUCAAAACCGUGUCAACGAACAAAUUAGCGAGAGUGCUUCCAAACCGACUGAGGAUGCCGCUACCGAUAUGGGACAUCAAGAGGCUGAGAAGGAGGACAAGCCCAAAGAUGAUGGUGACAUGGAAGGUGCCUGGGAAGAGACAUUCAAGGGACAUACAGACUCAAAAAAGCAUGGUCCCAUGUCAGUGGGCCUUGACUUCACAUUCGAGGGCUUUGACCACGUCUAUGGACUCCCUGAGCAUGCAGACUCUUUUGCCCUUCGCUCCACUGUUGGCUCAUCAGACCCAGUACGGAUGUACAACCUGGAUGUCUUCGAGUAUGAAGUGGACAAUGUCAUGGCUCUCUAUGGCAGUGUGCCCCUUAUGCUGGCUCACAGUGAAUCCAGGACGGUGGGAGUGCUUUGGCUGAACGCUGCCGAGACUUGGGUGGACAUUGAACCAAACUCCAAGCAGGAAGAUGGCCAUGACAUGGGUGUGCUGUCGUCGGUGGUGGACUUUGUGAAGCGCAGCCCGCCGCCCAAUCACCGGGAGACUCACUGGUUCUCCGAGAACGGCCUCAUCGACACAUUUUUCUUGCUGGGUCCAGGGCCCAAGGACGUCAUGCGCCAGUACCGGUCCCUCACAGGAACCACACCACUGCCACCGAUGUUCUCAGUAGCAUACCACCAGAGCCGAUGGAACUACAAUGACCAAGAUGAUGUCCGCAGUGUGGAUGCUGGUUUCGACGAGCACAACAUUCCCUACGAUGCGCUGUGGCUUGAUAUUGAGCACACAGAUGGCAAGAAAUAUUUCACGUGGGAUCCAUUCAAGUUCUCCCAGCCAGAGCAGAUGAUCCGCAACCUGACAGCCAAGGGCCGCCGCAUGAUCACCAUCAUCGACCCACACAUCAAGCGCGAGUCUGGCUACCACAUUCACUCGGAAGCCACUGAGCGGGGCUACUACGUCAAGAACAAGGAUGGCGGAGACUUUGAGGGCUGGUGCUGGCCAGGCUCUUCAUCUUACCUGGACUUCCUCAACCCCGAGGUGCGACAGUGGUGGGCCAGCAAGUUUGCCCUCGACCAGUACAAGGGCUCAACGGAGCACCUGUUCACGUGGAAUGACAUGAACGAGCCCUCGGUGUUCAACGGGCCCGAGGUGACCAUGCACAAGGAUUGCGUGCACACAGGUGGAUGGGAGCACCGUGACAUUCACAACAUGUACGGCAUGUUCCUGCCAAUGUCUACCUACAUGGGCCACCUGUUGCGUUCGGGCCACAAGCUGAGGCCUUUCAUCCUGUCACGGUCUUUCUUCAUCGGGUCACAGCGUUAUGGAGCUGUGUGGACAGGUGACAACGAUGCCGAUUGGAAGCACUUGCGCGUCACGGUGCCUAUGCUGCUGUCCCUCAGUGUGGCCGGAAUCUCGUUUUGCGGCGCAGACGUCGGCGGCUUCUUCAGAAACCCUGACAGUGAGCUGUCUGUCCGCUGGUACCAGGCUGGUGCCUACCAGCCAUUCUUCCGAGCACACUCCCACAUCCACACCAAGCGACGAGAACCCUGGAGCUUUGGGCCAGAAACCCUAGAACUGGUGCGGGGUGCACUGUACCAGCGCUAUGCCCUACUGCCCCUCUGGUACACCCUGUUCUUCGAGAACGAGCGUACUGGGGUGCCUCCUCUGCGGCCCCUCUGGAUGGAGUUCCCCCAGGAUAAGGCUGGCUUUGCGACCGAUGACGAGCACCUCGUUGGAAAUGCACUGCUGGUCCACCCUGUUACCGAGGCUGGUGCAACCAAGGUCAGCGUCUACUUUCCUGGAGAGAAUGAGGUCUGGUAUGAUGUGGAAACCUGGGAGAAGUUCGAUGGCCUAAGUACAGUUUCAAUCCCCGUCACUCUAAGCAAGAUCCCUGUCUACCAAAGAGGCGGCACCAUCGUCCCCAAGAAGGAGCGCAUCCGUCGGUGUUCCGCAUUGACCAAAGACGACCCUUACACUUUGCAAUCGGCACUCCCAAAAGAGGGCAAACCUGCAGAGGGAACGCUGUACAUUGAUGACGGUGCUACCUUCGAUUACAAGAAGGGAGACCUGCUGUACCUGAAGUUCAAGUUUGCAGACAAUACGUUGACGUCCGAGAUCCUGGAGGGCCCAGGGAACUUCAAGACAAAAGCCUGGGUGGAGCGCGUGGUCAUAGCUGGCUAUCCUACGCGGCCUUCUGAUGUCCAGCUUACUACAAGCAAAGGAACUCAGAGUCUUCAGUUUACUUAUGAAGAGAAGGAGCAGCUUCUAAGGGUGCGCAAGCCAGCAGUGAACAUCGCCGAGAAAUGGACGCUCAAGAUUCUUUCAUAGCCUUCGAAGCCACCAUGUGUUGUGUGCAGUGGAAGCGCUGUCCACAUUUCCCAUUGACGAAACACUUCGUUUCUCAAAUGGAGGUUUUCUUUUUCUUCUCUCCCCGUGGACAUGCUUGCCCCCACAUUUUCUUUUUAAAAGAUCAACAUUUCAGCAUUAUGUGCCACCAUUCCUCUUUACGCGCAUUUUAAGAAAGGGUAAACCAAUUUGGGUAAUGGGGACACUUGUCUACACACUCACACACACUGGCCCCAUUGUAAAUAACCACAGAUGUGACAUGAAAGUUUUACCUGGCUUAUAGUGUCUCGGUGACGAAAACGGAGUGAAUGAUAUAUAUAUAUGUAUGUAUACUGGUAUUGCGAAUGGCUUUUUACAGCACUGCACUGUGUAUCGAGGCCAGAUUUCGGUGGCUGUUUUCUUUUUCUUUUUUUUUUUUCUAUUUUCUAGGCCGUUUUUCUAGACUUGAGUUCCAGUUUUUGCCUUUACGCUGUGCGUCUUGAAACUUAGUUUUUAAAAGUUCAAUAAACACAAUGUUUUUUGCAAUUGC